AUGAAGACCUCCACUUUCAUCAAGGUCUCCGCCCUCGUCGCCGGCGCCGCUGCCGUCCCGGCUGAUAUCCCCAUUCCCCCGGUCACUGUCGGCGUCGGAGGCGGCGUCCAAGGCACGGUUGGGGCUUCAGUUGGAGGCGCUAUCCCGACACCUCCCCUCCCUGUCCCUAUUCCUCCUGUUCCUGUCCCUCCGGUCCCCGUCCCUCCUGUCUCUGUCCCUUCAGUUCCUGGGGUUCCUCCCGUUCCUAUCCCUCCUGUUCCCAUCCCCCCUGUCUCUAUCCCUGUCCCUCCUGUUCCUGUUCCUCCGGUCCCCGUCCCCCCUGUCUCUGUUCCUGGAGUUCCUGGAGUUCCUGGAGUUCCUGGAGUUCCUGGAGUUCCCGGGCUCCCUGGUGUUCCUGGAGUUCCUGUGCCUCCUGUUCCUGUUCCCCCAAUCCCGACUCCCCCCUCGCUGAACACCAUCUGCCUGACCCUGCCUCUGCCCGCCCCCACCAUCGGCGUGCCCCCGCUUCCGGUUCCGGUUCCCCCGGUUCCCGUCGUCAAGGCCCGCGCGGGCCAGGCUGCCCAGGCUGCCCAGAUGGACCAGAAGGCACAGGCUGGCAUUGACAUCCUGAGGAGCACGAUCUCCCAGGCUCUCACUAUCAUCGCCACCAUCCAGAGCAAGGCGGGUGCCGUGACCCCCAACGACCCCACGGGUAUCGCCAAUGCUCUCCCCGACAUCCAGGACCAGCUUACGCUGCUCACGAACCUCCUCAAGGGAGUCACUGGCAGCCCUGGCAGUCUCGGUAUUCCCGGCCUUCCCCCACUGGGCCUUCCCGGCUUCGCCGAGGCCAUCGGCCUGAUCGGUCAGCUCAUGGGUGCCAUUUCCAACGUCAUUUCUCUGCUCACUGGGCGUGGUUUCCUGAAUGGUCUCGGUGGCGCCAGCAACCCCCUCACUGGUAUGAUCAGCACCAUCACCCAACUCGCCAUGGGCCUUGCUGGUCCCGUCUCUGGUCUCCUGCUCGGUAGUCUUACUGGUGGUCUCCCCGGUGGUGGUCUUCCCGGCGGGCUCCCUAUCCCCCUCACCAACAGCAAAGCCUUUGUUUACAAGGGAAUUGUUAAACACGUUGAUUUCGCUAUACAAGGGUCUGUUCCAGGAGUCCUGCCCGACGGCGGAGGAGAGACCCACCCGCCGCCACCAGAAGCACGCGUCCGCCUCACAGCCUGCAGGUCGGAAGGAGCGCGAUGGCGCCCAGCUCACAAAGGAGGAGGAGAGGGCGCAGCUGCACCAGCACAGGCUCGAGCAGUGCCAAAAGUGGGUGGACUGGCACGCCGCCACCACGCAGGUCCAGUGCAGCGUGGUCUCGCCCGCGCCCGCGCCCGGCAGCUUGGCGGCGCCCAGGACUCCGCCGGUGCGGGUGCUGACCCGGAAGCCCAGGCGCGCUCGCCUGCUAGUGCCGGACCAGCCCGAGGUGGGUCCCCCGCCGCCCGAAGUGCCGGCCCGGCGCCGACCCACUACUGCGACAUACCGCGGCCGCGACUUUGA